CACCCUCAGCCCUCCUCUCCCAAAACCUCGAAGACGAACCCUAGCCGCCGCCGCCCCAGGAGCUCCGAGUCCCCAAGAGAUCUACCUGAGCUCGGUUCGGUUCGUCCUUCGGAGCGCGAGACAUGGCGGAGGAGAAUGCCCAAGUUGAGGUGGCCGCUCCGGUUGCAGCUCCAACUCCAGUUCUUGGAGAGCCCAUGGACCUGAUGACUGCCCUGCAGCUUGUGAUGAAGAAGUCAAGCGCUCAUGAUGGCCUUGUCAAGGGUCUCCGUGAAGUUGCCAAGGCAAUUGAGAAGCAUGCUGCCCAGAUCUGUGUGCUGGCUGAGGACUGCGACCAGCCUGAUUACGUCAAGCUGGUCAAGGCACUCUGUGCUGAGCACAACGUUCACUUGGUCACUGUUCCUAGUGCCAAAACUCUUGGCGAGUGGGCUGGGCUUUGCAAGAUCGACUCUGAGGGUAAGGCAAGAAAGGUGGUGGGUUGCUCAUGUGUCGUUGUGAAGGACUACGGUGAAGAAUCAGAGGGUCUCAACAUAGUGCAGGAGUACGUCAAGUCGCACUAGGGACAGCCUUACAGUGUCUGGAUGUUUUGAGAUGCUAUUAGCCUUAUCUAAAAUUGUGCUCAGUUCUGAAACUUGUUAGUUUAUGAACAAUUACCAUGUGCUGUUUAUCAACCUGAGAGUUCUGUUUGUGGUGCUGUGCUGGGACAUGAUGGACUAAGUUGAUGGAGAUGCAAAUCUAUAUAAUUGCUUUUUGUCGGUGCUAUCUAGACAUAA